CCCUGUCUAUCACUGAGUGUCUGGGCCGGUUCUGACUCCGGGGGAUGUAGUUGGAGUGAGGGCCCCUUCCUGUCCAUGUGGGGCCCCGGCAAAGCGUCAUGUCUGACCCGGUGUGAGGGCAAUCCUGGAAGGGACUAUUUGCCGUCGCGGAUGCAGACAGGGCGGUGUUGUGCGCCAUCUUUGGUCCAUUCAGCUGGAGGAACCAGGAGCAGAGAGGAUGGAUGAGGAAUAUGAUGUGAUCGUGCUGGGCACCGGCCUGACAGAAUGUAUUCUGUCGGGAAUUAUGUCGGUAAAUGGGAAAAAAGUUCUGCACAUGGACAGGAAUCCUUAUUAUGGGGGUGAGAGCUCAUCGAUUACCCCCCUGGAAGAGCUCUAUAAAAGAUUUGAUAUUACUGACGGACCUUCUGACAGCAUGGGGAGGGGGCGUGACUGGAAUGUGGAUCUGAUCCCUAAAUUUCUCAUGGCAAACGGCCAACUUGUCAGGAUGCUGCUAUAUACUGAGGUGACUCGUUAUCUGGACUUUAAGGUCGUGGAAGGAAGUUUUGUGUACAAGGGUGGCAAGAUCUACAAGGUUCCUUCCACAGAGACAGAAGCUCUGGCUUCCAACCUCAUGGGCAUGUUCGAAAAACGGCGUUUCAGAAAAUUCCUCGUAUUUGUGGCCAACUUUGAUGAGAACGACCCCAAAACAUUUGAGGGUGUUGAUCCAAAAAGUAGCACGAUGCGUGACGUGUACAAGAAAUUUGACCUGGGACAGGAUGUCGUUGACUUUACUGGACACGCACUGGCUCUGUAUCGGACUGAUGAUUACUUGGACCAGCCAUGCCUAGAAACGAUCAAUCGAAUCAAACUGUACAGUGAGUCUCUGGCUAGAUAUGGCAAAAGUCCUUAUUUAUACCCUCUGUAUGGACUUGGAGAACUACCACAGGGUUUUGCCAGACUCAGUGCCAUAUACGGCGGCACCUACAUGUUGAACAAGUCUGUGGAUGAGAUUGUGAUGGAGAAAGGGAAAGUGGUUGGGGUGAAGUCAGAGGGAGAGGUGGCAAGGUGCAAACAGCUAAUAUGUGACCCCAGCUACAUUCCCGAUCGAGUACGCAAGGCUGGGCAGGUGAUUCGUGUAAUUUGUAUCCUGAGUCAUCCCAUCAGGAGCACCAAUGAUGCCAAUUCAUGUCAAAUUAUCAUACCACAGAAUCAAGUCAACAGGAAAUCAGAUAUCUAUGUUUGUAUGAUCUCAUAUGCACACAACGUGGCGGCUCAGGGAAAGUACAUUGCUAUUGCAAGCACCACUGUUGAGACCAGUGAGCCUGAAAAAGAGAUUGAGCCUGCGUUGGACUUGCUGGAGCCUAUCGACCAAAAGUUUGUGGCAAUCAGCGACCUGUUUGAACCGACAGAUGAUGGAGCAGAAAGCCAGGUGUUCUCCUCUCGUUCAUAUGAUGCAACAACACACUUUGAGACUACGUGUAAUGACAUUAAGGACAUCUACAAGAGAAUGACUGGAACAGAUUUUGACUUCGAGAACAUGAAACGCAAACAGAACGAUGUGUUUGGGGAGGAUGAGCAGUGAAGAAAUCAAUGAAAACCAAGGGAAUGGGGUGGGGGGCAAGAAAGACACUGGACAUAUGAGGUUGUUUUUAAUUGCGGAAAAAUAGUGAGAGGGAGUAUGAGAGGAAGCCUCGGGAGAAGUGGCAAAGGAACAAAAGAAAGAGAUAAAUUCCUUAUUGCCCCUUUUAACAUCAUGCUUAGAAUUUUAACUUUUUAAGCCUUAGUUUUAACCUACACUGAGUUGGUAUUGGUUCUGUUAUUGGAGUCUGAUUGCUACAAGGAGGUCUGUCAUAGAACACAAUUUUUUAAAUCUGUUAUCUCUGAUGUUUCAUUUUGUCUUGUCCAUGAGUUGUGAUAAAAGCAUAAAGGAGUGUGUUCUAGUGAGACAGUGGGUCCCAUUAUUCACGUCUGUGUGACAUCUAUAGGACCUUGGUUAAAGGGUAGAGAGGUUCUGCCACAGAAUGUUAGUCGUCUGAGCAUCCACACCAUAACAACCUCCUCCUGCUAGCACAUCUACUGUCUGCCAGGACCUAUUAUUGGGUUACAGUGCCUGCAAUACCUUCUUCCCAUUGAGUUUAAUUAGUGAAAAAGUUGCUCUGGGGAGGAAGAAGGGUACAUUGUAAUUCGAAACAAUCACUUCUACAUAGCAGAAAGAAGUUUAAAGUCCUAGCAACUAUAAGAACAUCUGUAAGUUAGAUAUUCUCUUGUUACAGACCCAACAAGAAAUAGGUCAUUUGUAACAUGAGAACCAACAUGGAAAACAUGACUUGUCACACAGAGACUCAAAAUUAACAGAUCAUUUAUCAUAUAGAGAUCAUUUACAGGCCAUAGGUGCAUCAUGGCCAUGUGAUGGGAAUGUGCUACAGGUCUUAGGUCUCUAGGUAAGAGCACAGAUGCCAAUUAAUAUUGUACCCUUAAUUUAUUUAACUUAUAAUUCACCCAAUCUUUAGCCGUAGAUAUAAAACCAGAAAGCACGAUGUAUAUAAUUUUACGUGUGCAGUAUCAUUUACAUAUUGAGCAGGUAUGUACUCACUGGGGAUUGUUCUAGAUGCACAUUAAUAUCACAUUCUUUGCUAUAACAAGAUACCCAUUCAGGAAAUUGCCUUGUUGGACUGGCUGAUAGUAAGGACUCAUGUAGGGUCUUGUGUAGCAGUAAAACAUAUUGCAGUUUUCUCACAUCUGAACCAAACUCUUGCAGUUUAAAGUGACAUGCACAAUGAUUGGUUCAGGUCGGGCCCAAUGAGGGCUCACGCUUAGAAUAGAUACCGUUUCUCAAUUAACUGCCUGGUGAUUGGUUCAGGUCGGGCCCAAUGAGGACUCACGCUUAGAAUAGAUACCGUUUCUCAAUUAACUGCCUGGUGAUUGGUUCAGGUCGGGCCCAAUGAGGACUCACGCUUAGAAUAGAUACCGUUUCUCAAUUAACUGCCUGGUGAUUGGUUCAGGUCGGGCCCAAUGAGGAUUCACGCUUAGAAUAGAUACCGUUUCUCAAUUAACUGCCUGGUGAUUGGCUCAGGUCGGGCCCAAUGAGGACUCACUGUUAAAAUGAACCACGUUUCUCAGUGAAAUGCCUAGAGAUUGGUUCAGGUUGGGCCCAAUGAGGACUCACUGUUGGAAUAAAUACUGUUUCUUAAUGAAAUGCCUGGUGAUUGGUUCAGGUCGGGCCCAAUGAGGACUCACUGUUGGAAUGAUUUCUGAUUUUCAUUAAAGUGUGUUUUGAUCUGGGUCCGGAUGCUCACUGUAGCAGCUCUAAUACUACGUGCCUGCUUUGUGACUUGUAUUCCAAUAUGCAGUCUGUAUUAAUUGUUCCUUUCUAGAUUUGGUUAUUUUUCUUGAACUAAAUGUCAUCCUCAAUGCAUAAACUGUCCCUGAAAACAGAACAUGAUAUCUUCUGACUAGCUGAUAUUAUUCAUUUACUGUGUUUGAGAUAAAUGAUACCAAGUAAAUUGUUGUGGAAAUUCUGA